GUGUCAGUGCACAGUCUGUGUGUGGUACAGCAAGCGUUGGAAAAACUGGGUAAAUCGAAUGCAAGCAAUUGCUUCGUUACAAAAUCCAACUUUUCUACGAUUUAACCUCUUUUAACUUACAAAAUUGUAUUUGGAUUUACUAGAAGACUCGUCAAUAAUUGCUUUUAUCCAAGAAAGGUUUUCUUGGAAGUUUUAUGCGGUCAACAACUCGUUGUAAUCGACGGCUCUCCGACGUCGGAUCCGAAAGGCAUUGUCGAGGCAGGUCGUGCGGCGCCACGAGAUCACCGAAGUUCCAAGGCUCGGCUGGGACAAGGAUUCCAUGUAACCAGCGAUUACUUUUGGAUCAUUUUUUCAUUCUCAUAAGGAAGGUUACCAGCCGAGGAUUGUGAAAAUUCGUUCAACAGAGGGAUUAUUGCCGUCGUAGGGGAGGGGAAUCAAUCGAGACAAAGGUAAAGAAGAAGACCCGAGAAGAGCCCGCUAACAAGACGGGAAAGGGGCUUAAAAUCAACAAUAAAGAUCGAGAGAUCGGAGGGUGGAAGUGUGUUCUCCGCCGCGGAGGAUUGGCAUUGUCCGACCGCUUGUGCGCACAGGGAGGGGUGGCGGACUAUCGCACAUCUACUCGGAUUACUGAAGUAUCCCCCGAUUUCCCUCAAAAAAGGAUACAUUCAAGAUGUAUCCACAGGGCCGGCAUCCGGCACCACACCAACCAGGGCAGCCUGGCUUCAAGUUCACCGUGGCCGAGUCCUGCGACAGGAUCAAAGACGAGUUUCAGUUCCUGCAGGCCCAGUACCACAGUCUCAAAGUGGAGUACGACAAACUGGCCAAUGAGAAGACAGAGAUGCAGCGUCACUAUGUCAUGUACUAUGAGAUGUCCUAUGGGCUGAACAUUGAGAUGCACAAACAGGUAUGUAGCAUUAUCCUCAUCUGUCUACUUUGAAAGAGUGGUUGUUAG